CUUCAGCCAAACAAUAUGAUGUUGAUGCAGGGGACAUGCGCAAAAUCCUUUCUUUAAUUUCUAAGAUGAAGGGUGUGUGCACACUGUAGUUCUGUAACAGGAGAAUCACUUUUGAUUUGUUAAAAAGAACGGUCUCCCAGAGAUCGAGAGAGGGAGAGAGAGGGAGAGAGAAUUCAAAUAAAUAAAUGAAAGACGGUGGUCCUAAAAACCACGCACAGAACAGUGGCUGGCUGCUGCAGCAGCAGCAGCAGCAGAGCAUCAGCUCAAUUGAGGAUCUUCGCCCAGACAGCAAGCACAAAUGCCAUGCCGAUUCUGAUUCUGUCUCUCUCUAGAUCUCUAGAGAGAGAGGGGACAUGAUAUGGUGAGGAAGAAAGAAAGAGAGAGAGGACUGAAUCAAAUCAAGAUACAGCCCCCAAAAGGAUCACGAUAUAUCUGUGGCUUCCUUCAUUCAUAUUCAUUCAUAUCAACCCUUCUCCCUCUCCCUCUCCCUCUCUCUCUUCUGUGUUUAUAAAUACACACGAGUAACUAAUGACAGUACCCUCAUACGAAUCCUGUGAGCAUUGUUCUUGUGUGUUGUUCACGUCCCCUCCUCCUCCUUCCAACUCAUUUAUUGCCGUUCUUGGUCAGAGGAAAACCUUCAUUGGAUCUCUUGCAUUUAUUGUUCUCCACGAACCCCACUCCUUUAAUAUCUCCCCCUCAUUCCUUCUCAAUCUUUCAUCUUCUUCCUCCGCCCCUGUUCUUGUUUCCCUCGAAAGCUUCUUCUCUUUCUUCCUCUUCGUCUCCUUCAAUGGCGGACCAUGGAGACGAACCCCACGUCUUGGCCGUGGAUGACAACCUCGUCGACCGUAAGAUGAUGGAGGCCUUGCUCAAGAACUCAUCCUGCAAAGUGACAACUGCAGAAAAUGGGAUGAGAGCCUUGGAAUAUCUGGGUAUAAGAGAUGAUCAGCCUGGUGAAUCUUCAGUCUCUGCGACUACGUCAAAGGUCAAUCUGAUAAUUACGGAUUAUUGCAUGCCGGGAAUGACAGGGUUUGAUUUGCUGAAAAAAGUUAAGGGAUCGUCUAUCUUGAAGGAAGUUCCCGUUGUGAUCGUGUCGUCCGAGAAUGUUCCGACUCGGAUUAACAAGUGUUUGGCCGAAGGAGCUCAGAUGUUCAUGCUCAAGCCUCUCAAAGCGUCAGAUGUAAAGAAACUCAGGUGUCACCUAAUGAAUUGCAAAACGUAGACAUACGGGGGGAAAUUUCUUUGACCUUGUUUUUGCGAGGAAGACUAGGGAAGAGAGAAAUCUAAACCAAACCAAGAUGUAAGCUCGUUGCAUACCAGACAGGCGUCGCGGAGUCAAAUCUGAUGCGCCUGUUUUGAUCUUGUACUUCUCUGGAAAGUCAUCCUCUGUGUCGGAUAGUUCCUUUUGAAUGACAGCUUUCGUUAGGACUCUAGGGAAAGGCGGUGUAAUGUGUAAAUUUUUGGGAAAUUGAAUUCACUUUUGUCCUUC